AUGAACAACGGUAUUAAGAACCCCUUUUCCUUGGCCAAUAGAUUGGUUAUCUUAAUUGGUGCAACAGGGGGCUUGGGAAAAGCAGUUAGUCGCGCAGUUGUCUAUUCUGGCGCUUCCAGAGUGGCUCUUGUGGAUAAUGGACCUGGGUCAAAAUCAAAACUACAAAAGUUGGAAAAAGAAUUAAAGGAUCUUUGUUGGAAAACUUCAAAUCCUGGUGGAUUUAGAAUUGCAAGCUUUCAAUGUGAUAUUACUGAAAGCUCUAAAGUUGAAGACUUAAUGGAAGAAAUCUUUGAAAAGGAUAAAAAAGGCUUAUAUAAAGAAGAAUCUAACUAUUCAUCAUGUUCACUAAUUAAUAUGGCAGGAAUUUGUGAAAAUAUAUCAGCAAUUGAUUAUCCACAAGAAAAUAUUACAAGAGUAAUGGAUAUUAAUCUUUUGGGAUCAAUGUUAGUUGCUAGAGAAUUUGCCAAGCAAGUUAUUAAAUCUCGCUUUUAUGAAAUCCGUCAUUAUCCGGCUUCCAUAGUAUUGACAGCUUCUAUGUCGGGAUCAAUUGUAAAUUAUCCUCAGCCCCAGGCACCUUAUAAUAUGACAAAGGCUGGUGUCAUUCAUCUUUCCAAAUCAUUAGCAUCAGAAUGGGUUAACCACAAUAUCCGUGUUAAUAGUUUGUCUCCUGGAUAUAUAUUGACACCUAUGACAAAAGAAAUUUUGGAACGAGAUGAAAGAGAAAAGGCCGAGCUUCACAAUAAUCAAAAAAAAUUGGUCCCAUCUGUUGUGUCUAUAGGUGAAGAGUGGAAAAAGAGAACUCCUAUGGGUCGGUUAGCUGAUCCAGAAGAGUUGGCUUGGCCUAUGGUUUUUUUGGCUUCAGAUGCUAGUUCUUUUAUGACUGGAAGUGAUUUAAUUGUUGAUGGAGGAUACACAAUUCUUUAA